AUGCCCGCAGAGCCAGAUUUGGGUGCGAUUCAAGCCUCUCUGCGGGUCUUGAACGUGACUAAAACGACUUACCCCGCCAUUCUACUCAUCGUCUUUGUCGUCGCAUUCGUCUAUCAUGGCAUCAAGACUGCCCCUGAUGACACAGGCAAGGUCAAAAUUCAUCCUAUGCGAGGGCCUGGUGGGCGACCUCUCCCGAUUCGAAGGAGAUCCGCCAAUCAAGUCAAGGAGGCCGCGGCAAUCAAAGAUCUGUCGCCUGCAGUCAAGACCGUUUUCAAGAUCGGCCAGGCUGUUAUUGUCUUGACCUUUUUGGGUAAUGCGGCAAUUCUGCUUUUCGAGACCUUGCUCAAUCGAAAAGACGAAUGGUGGCCCGGGAAGAACGCUGUGAUCUAUGUUAUUGCGUCAACAUUCCUCUGGCUCGUGGUUUUCAUCUCAAUCUUAGAUACGAAACCCUCCCCCAACUCCGCGCACUUCGUCACGUGGCUUUGCGCACUACCUCUGGAGGUCAUUAUCAUCGCGGCUAGUCUCAGGAUAUAUACCGCACCUCACUAUGAACCUCGGGUGGGCAACCAGCAGGGAGGUAAGUAUAGGGAGAAGAUUACCGGAUGGGAGUCGCUAGAAGUCGUGGUCAAUCUUAGCCGACUUAUUUUCCUCCUCGGCUUGUCAAUGCUCUUCCUUGUCCUGAAGUUCAAUUGGGGCAGACCCAAAGGGUUGGCUUCAGCCACCGAGGAUGAGAGGAGACCUUUACUCGCCGCAGACGCUGAGGCUGGUGGACGACCAAACGGCCAUGCUCGUCAUGGCGAUCCGCGAAACGCCCCAUCAUCAGAACCUAAGGAACAAGUUGACGCUUGGGCCAAGCCAACUGAGGUUCCAAAUAUCACCUGGUUUGCAUAUCUGAGGGGUUUCCUCUUGCUGAUACCUUAUCUUUGGCCCAAAAAGUCCUUCAAACUCCAACUUCUCGCCGGGUCCUGCUUCCUCAUCAUGAUCAGCCAGCGAGUCAUCAAUGUUUUUGUCCCCGUCAUGGUAGGCAAAAUUACGGACGCCCUGUCCGGCGAUGACGGCCGUGGAGUCCGGGCUCCUUGGUUGGAUAUCGCGUUGUACAUUGUGUUCAGAUGGCUUCAAGGUUCGCAGGGGAUCCUGAGCGCAGCCAGAUCGAUUCUCUGGAUUCCGGUGGAGCAAUACUCUUACCGCGCCAUUUCAACCGCCGCCUUCGAGCAUGUGCAUGGUCUCAGCGCCGAGUUUCACACCGGAAAGCGCACUGGCGAGUUGAUUUCGGCCCUGAACAAGGGAAGUUCAAUCAAUUCAUUCCUCGAAAUGGUGACUUUCCAGGUUGGGCCGAUGGUUUUUGAUCUGGUGGUCGCGGUCGUGUACCUCACCAUCAAGUUCGACGCCUACUUGGGCUUGGUUGUCGCCAUUGUGACAUUUCUCUACAUCUAUGUCACCAUACGUCUUGCGUCGUGGCGAGUCACUCUGCGUCGAAACUACGUCAAUGCUCAAAGAGAGAUGGAAGCAGUGAAGAAUGAUUCUCUACACUCUUGGGACACGGUGAAAUACUUCAACGCGGAAGAUUACGAAUUCAACCGGUACAGAUCCUCGAUCAAGCUCAUGCAGAACUUUGAAUACUGGGUGGAUGUCACUCUGGCCUACAUGAACACGGUGCAGGGCGCACUCUUCAUGGUUGCUUUGCUGAUCGCCAGUUUCAUCGAAGCCUUCGAAGUUGCCCAGGGGGAUCAGACUGUGGGCAACUUUGUGCUUCUGAUAACCUACAUGGCUCAGUUGCAGGGCCCUCUGAAUUUCUUUGGGACGUUCUACAGGUCGAUUCAAUCAAACCUCAUCAACGCCGAGAGAAUGCUGGAACUCUUCAAAGAACAACCACAUGUACUUGACCGAGAAGGUGCCGAAAAGUUGGAAGAAUGCGCAGGGGAUAUCAUAUUCGACAACGUCAGCUUCAGUUACGACAAGCGAAGACCUGCCCUUGACCGACUGACUUUCCAUUGUCCGCCUGGAUCGACCACUGCGCUUGUUGGCGAAUCUGGUGGGGGCAAAAGUACAGUUAUGAGGCUAAUUUUCCGCUACUACAACCCAGACUCGGGCCAUAUCAAGGUUGACGGCAGAGAUGUCCAAGACAUCACCAUUGACUCACUGCGAAAAUUCAUCGGGGUGGUGCCUCAGGAUUGUAACAUGUUCAAUGAAUCCAUCAUGUACAACCUCCGAUAUGCCAACCAAAACGCCACAGAUGACGAAAUCUUCGAGGCCUGCAAGGCAGCCUCGAUCCAUGACCGCAUCAUGGAGUUUCCCAACGGCUACGAAACCAAAGUUGGUGAACGUGGCGUGCGUCUGUCUGGUGGAGAACGUCAACGCGUCGCCAUAGCCCGAACGAUACUCAAAAAUCCCCGUAUCACCAUGCUUGACGAAGCCACUGCGGCCCUGGAUACGGAGACGGAGGAGAAGAUUCAAGAAUCCUUCAACACCCUCGCGGAAGGACGGACGAUGAUUAUCAUUGCCCACCGACUGAGCACCAUCGUAAACGCCAACCAGAUUCUGGUACUUUCCCAUGGAACCGUGGUCGAAAGUGGUACACACGAAGAACUCAUCGCUCUGGGCGGAAAAUAUGCAAGCAUGUGGCGGAAGCAGUCAAGGGCGCAGAAGGCUGCCGCCGAAGCUGCCGAGCUAAGGACUCGGGCGAAGAAGGCAUUAGAAGAUGCGGAGGCUGACAGUGCUAGCGUCAGUGAAGAGGAGGUCGAGCAAUCGAAGAAGCGCGACAAAGGUCAAUGGACCAAGGGCCACAAGAGGGUUAAUUUUAGUGAAAGCAGUCAUCUGCGGGCAAACUGGACAGUGGAUGAGCAUGAUCGAGACGGCGACGAUCGAUCAGAUACGUCCCAGACGGGACAUGGGGAUACCGUGCACGGUCACUCGGGAAAACCCCCAGGACAUCCUUGA